AUGCCCAAAUGUCUCAUGGCUAAGAAAUGGAAAGCUUAUCCGUGGCCUGAUCGGAGUGAAACGAUUGAGGUCGAAGACGAAGAGGAAAUUGAUGUUGUUGGAGAUUCACCAGCUAACAAGCAAACAACAGCCACAUGCUGGGGACCAUCUUCACCAACUGCCGGAGCAACUGCGCCUUCACCACCGCCUCACUCACCCAAGGGCUCAACUAUUUUGUAUAAUGUGAGUUGA